CAAUUGAUUCAAUUUCCAAACAAAUUAUUAAAUAGUUGAAUUCAUACCAUUAUAAUAGCAUAUUAUUAAAUCCACAUUUCAAUUAAGUGGGUUACCACACCGCCACAUUACCAAAUCUCCCUAGCACCGCCACCCCUCUGCAAGACCAUAAACAGAGAGGAGAAGGCAGAGCAACGCAGCGAUCGCCGAUGAAGGAAUCCGGUGUCUGUCACCACCGCCUGCUACGCCGGCAGCAAAGCUGCUGCACUCCGUCCGUCGAUCGUUGUGAGGAAAUGGAGGAGGCAGCAGAGGCAGUAGUAAUAAGUCUUGGGAAUGAGGAAGAAGAUGGCUAUGAUGCAGUUGUGGUGGGGUCUGGAUAUGGUGGUUCUGUUGCCGCUUGUAGGAUGUCAAUGGCAGGAAUUAAAGUGUGUUUGGUCGAGAAAGGCCGGAGAUGGGAAGCUAAAGAUUUCCCAACUAGCAGUUUAAAGAUGAUGUCAGAUGUGAGGAUUGAAAAAAGGAGCUUGGGCAUUGGCUUUGGUCCCAAAGAUGCUUUGUUUCAGGUGUAUGAACAAGAUGAUUCUCUAGCGGCAGUGGCCUGUGGACUCGGUGGAGGUUCACUAGUGAAUGCAGGGGUGAUGAUACCGACCCCAAUUCGUGCAAGAAGGAACUCCAAAUGGCCAAAGGAAUGGGAAAAAGAUUGGGAAAUCUGUGAAGCUUCUGCUUCAGCCAUGCUGAGUAUACAAAGCAUUCCUGUCAAAUUUCCUAUUGCCAAAACCAUGGAAGAGAUAGCUGAACGAGAGAUUGAAGAAAGUUUCCAAAGUCCGAUGAAGCUAAGCAUGAAUUUCAGUCGUGACGAACAACAAUUGGAUUCAAUGAAGCCUAAACAGAUGGGCAGCUGUUUAGCCUGUGGAAAUUGUCUUUCUGGAUGUCCUUACAAUGCCAAAAAUUCUACAGACAAAAAUUACAUCGAUUUGGCGGUUCAGGCACAUUUUCCUCUGCCCUAUAUCUUUUAAGCUUGUGUAUUUGUUGGGCGAAAAUUUUGACAUCCCCUGAAAAUUGUUCUGUCAGUCUUACAUAGUAUAUUGAGGUGCAGCUCCAUAAAUCCUAAAACAAUCUUAUAUCAUUGAUGGGUACCAUUUCUGUAACAUGUCAUUUUAUGAAGGACGAGUCUUUUCCUCCAAAUACUAUGUACGACAUCAUGGAACAAUUCAAUACUAG